GGCCGGGCCGCAGGCUGGAGGGAGGCGGCGGGGUUAGUUUGCUCUCGAAACAUGGCGGGCGUCGGCGACGCGGCCGCCUCGGGAGAAGGCAGCCGUGGUGGCGCGGAUGGCCCAGAGCGCGAUGGUCGCGGCCAGGCGGAGCAGCCGGGCGGCGGCGGUCACGGGCCCCCGCUAGCGCCUCAACACACGGAGACGCUGGGCUUCUACGAGAGCGACCGGCGGCGGGAGCGGCGCCGCAGCCGCGCAGAGCUUUCAUUGCUGAGGUUCCUCAGUGCCGAACUAACAAGAGGGUACUUCCUUGAACAUAACGAGGCCAAGUACACAGAAAGAAGAGAAAGAGUGUACACUUGUAUGCGAAUACCAAGGGAAUUGGAAAAGCUCAUGGUUUUUGGCAUCUUUCUGUGCCUGGAUGCAUUUCUGUAUGUGUUCACCCUGCUUCCUUUGAGAGUCUUCCUGGCUCUAUUCAGGCUCUUCACUCUGCCUUGCUAUGGCUUAAGGGACAGGCGUUUGCUCCAGCCAGCCCAGGUGUGUGACAUUUUGAAGGGUGUCAUUUUGGUCAUCUGCUAUUUCAUGAUGCACUACGUCGACUACUCCAUGAUGUACCACCUGAUCAGGGGGCAGUCGGUCAUCAAGCUCUACAUCAUCUACAACAUGCUCGAGGUAGCAGAUCGUCUGUUUUCAUCGUUUGGCCAAGAUAUAUUAGAUGCUCUCUACUGGACAGCAACAGAGCCUAAAGAAAGGAAAAGAGCCCACAUUGGGGUGAUCCCCCACUUUUUCAUGGCUGUUCUCUAUGUCUUUUUGCAUGCAAUUCUUAUAAUGGUUCAAGCAACAACUCUCAAUGUAGCGUUUAACUCACACAACAAGUCACUGCUUACUAUCAUGAUGUCUAAUAAUUUUGUUGAAAUUAAAGGAAGUGUUUUCAAGAAAUUUGAAAAGAAUAAUCUUUUUCAGAUGUCAAAUAGCGAUAUUAAGGAGCGAUUUACAAAUUAUGUGCUUUUGCUAAUAGUGUGUCUAAGAAACAUGGAACAGUUUUCCUGGAAUCCAGAUCAUCUCUGGGUGUUAUUUCCAGAUGUCUGUAUGGUGAUCGCAUCAGAAAUUGCUGUGGAUAUUGUAAAGCAUGCUUUCAUCACCAAGUUCAAUGACAUUACUGCAGAUGUCUACAGCGAAUAUAGAGCCAGCCUUGCUUUUGACCUUGUUAGCAGUCGACAGAAAAAUGCGUACACUGACUACAGCGAUUCCGUGGCCCGGAGAAUGGGGUUCAUCCCUCUCCCGCUGGCUGUUCUGCUCAUCAGAGUUGUAACAAGCUCAAUUAAAGUGCAAGGAAUCCUGUCUUAUGCCUGUGUCAUACUCUUCUAUUUUGGGUUGAUAUCCCUGAAAGUACUUAAUAGCAUUGUGCUAUUGGGAAAAUCAUGCCAAUAUGUGAAGGGAGCCAAAAUGGAAGAGAAGCUGUUCAACCCUCCCCCCACCGGCACUCCCAGCAAACCGUCCAGCAAAUCGCAGAGCAGAUGUAAACCCUCUCCAGAAGAAAACCUCUCUGCCUCGGUCACCAGCCAGCCCAGCCAUCAAAAGGAAAAUGUCGUGCCGUUACUCGUGACAAGCAAUUCUGACCAGUUCCUGACAACUCCAGAUGGUGACGAGAAGGACAUUACACAGGAAAACUCUGAACUGAAACACAGGUCCUCCAAGAAAGAUUUGUUGGACAUAGACAGGUUCACAAUUUGUGGAAACCGAAUUGACUGAAUUCUGCGGCUCCGCGUGCCGAGUGCCGAGUCCCGGGGCAGCCACGCCAUGCUACCGGGAUGGACAGAGGCAGAAAAGUGGCACUUAAAUAUUUAUUUAAAAACUUAAAUUAUUAAUGGAAAACAAAUCUUAGUAUCUUUCUUCCAGUGAUGUGGUCUGGUUGAAGGCCAGGUCACGGAACAGCAGCGACCUCCAGCCUUGACCUUUUGAGGACCGCCCCCCUGCUUGGAGACGCAGCAGGGUCACUUGCAGGGUCACUUCGGGCCGAUGGGAACAACCUCAGAAUCACUUGCCCUGUCGAUCUGUGCUUCCAGGACGCCCAGGUUGGCCUCGGGGUCUCUUCAGUGUGAGGACACACACCUAGGGACCCGGGAGACUGAGCAGCUUUCACCGCGACGUUACCUGUCCACAUCAUAGCAUUUUCACGAACAGUUUUCCAACUCUACUUCAUCUGCCAAAGCAGUUAAAAAAAAAUAAUUGAACUUCAGUCAAGAUAAAUGUCCUCGCCACAGAAUUAUCCUUGAAGAUGUAUCUGAAUUAAUCAGAAUAAAAGGCUACCUUAAAUAAGACAUGAUGAAUAAUAGCAUUUUAUAGGGGGAAAAAAAGCCCUAAGCCAGUUGUCUAUUUGAAAAAUAUGAAUUAAUGAAGGUUAUGCAUCACUGAGGAAAUGUUUCAUAAUUUUUCAGUUUAACGCAAAAUGUGAGCUUUGUAUUGUUUAAUUGCAGUGGAUGAAAUAGAAAUUACCUUACAAAAAGGUACUUUUUAUACUGAAAAAGCAGAGCAGUGUUAACUUUAAUGUAUAGCUACCUGGUCUCACUCUAAAACUAAUUGCUUCAUUGAUUGUUACCGUUAAAAGGAUUUGCUGCAGAACUAUCCAUGUACAAAAAUCAAAGUCGUCAUCGUUCCUUGAGUUUUCUGAGCAGCAGUUUUAAAGUAAAUAGUGAAGCAGGCUGAGCAGCCUCAUCUCGCUUGGGCUCUCCCAGGGCGUCAGUCCCUCUGUGCCGAGUGGCCGUUCUGUGGGACAGUGUCUGUGUGGGGAGUGGGGCUGCUGGGUGCGCCUGUGCGGGGGGCGGGGCGCACUCGUGCUGGAGACAGGAAAUGGGGUGUUUGGGGGUGUGGCUGGCUGCCUGGGUGUGGGGAGGCGCUUGUGCCUGGAUGUUGGGAACAGCAACCAAGAGGUGCUCUUUGGUUUUGCUCGAGGUCAGGAUCCCAUUUCUGCUUACUUCCUAGUUUGUGGCCUGCAUCGUAAGACAAGCUCUUUUCCACCACAUUUUAUCUUGAGAAGCCUUUCCUGCAUUGUUAUAAAUGUUUUACAGCAUCUAAUGUCAAUGUCUCCGGAUGUCACCGUUAACUGUUGUUUCCUGUAGCAUUUUCAUCUUGAAGUUCAGCUCCUGUGCCGCUAUUUCAGGCACAUGAUGUGCAGGGAUAAAUUUUAGGUGAUUUGUCUGUUUCCUGGGUGAAACGUAAAGCAAGCUUGAACAAAGCUUUGGCUUGUUUAUCUGACAUACAAAAGUGAUUUUUAACCUUCUGCAUUAACUAAAGAAAUCUGAAGAUUAAUGUUCACAUAGGGUAAAAGGAAACAGUACAGGAAUUCUUUUGUUGACCAUGAAAAGUUAAAAGUAUCAAGUUAAAACUGAAAAGACUAUUAAUUGCUUUGUCUAUGUUUUAAUAAAGCCCCAGUUGAGGAUUUUUUUUUUUCAUCCUUUCCACUGAAAGUGUCCACGGUGAAUAGAAACAGUUUGGGGGGAAACUUUGCCAAACAUAGCCCUAAGCAGAGCAAAAAUGUGACGGUGGUACAGCCUUCAGUUCAGCUUGAAUUACUCUGUCACUGUGCUGUCAAUUUCACAAGAUUUUACUUCCCUUUGCAGAAUAUAUUGGGAGAGUUUGGAACGAUGUUCAUUUCUUCUGUCAAAAUGGCAUUCAGUACUAAUUUUAUAAGUGCAUCUUGUGUG